AUGCCUGCGAAAGAUUCUCCUCUACUUUUAUUCAUCAUUUUUGUCAAUAUCUUAGAAAAUAAAGCUGAUAAAGUAAUUGAUUUGACCUCUAGAAAUGGCUACAAUAUGCAUGCCUGCUAUAAACAAACAGGUAAAAUCUAUCAGCACAGAACUUAUCCAAGAGAUUAUGAAAAAAAUGAUUACAAUUUCGGUGAUUUACCUGAAAAUUGGGAUUGGCGUAAUGUACAUGGCAUUAAUUAUGCGAGCGUUGAUCGUAAUCAGCAUAUUCCACAAUAUUGCGGAUCAUGUUGGGCUUUUGGUAUUGCGCUCGCUGAUCGUUUCAAUAUUAAGAAGAAAGGUGCAUGGCCACCAGCAUAUUUAUCUGUCCAAGAAGUAAUUGACUGUGCUGGAGCAGGUAGCUGCGAGGGCGGUGAACCUGGUGCUGUUUAUAAAUAUGCCCAUGAGCAUGGCAUACCGCAUGAAACAUGCAAUAAUUACCAAGCAAGAGAUGGAAAAUGUACAGCUUACAAUAAAUGUGGUUCUUGCUGGCCCGGAUCAUGCUUUUCGAUCAGGAACUUUACUCUGUAUCAUGUCAGAAACUAUGGUGCCAUCAGAGGAUUAGAAAAUAUGAAAGCUGAAAUCUAUCAUUACGGCCCAAUUGCCUGUGGGAUUGCUGCUACAAAAACAUUUGAAACAUACGGCGGUGGGAUAUAUAAGGAAUCGACGGAUGAAAACAUUGAUCACAUUAUAUCAGUUCAUGGCUGGGGAGUAGAUCAAAAAUCCGGCACUCCAUACUGGAUCGGCAGGAAUAGCUGGGGAACACCUUGGGGUGAAAAUGGAUGGUUUCGAAUAGUAACAUCAGAAUACAAUAACUCCGGCUCCAAAUAUAAUUUGAAAAUUGAAGAAGACUGUGUCUGGGCUGACCCCUCUGUAUAA